CUUCUUCCUUGGUUUUGAGAUAAAUUAUAUAAAUUAUACUUCCUUUCAGCCUCGGUUUCAUCAACAUCUUCACCAUGACCACUAUGAGCGCUACCAUGGAGCACUGGAGGGAAUCUGUCGAUGAAGCCCGCACCCUCAUCCUGUCCCUCUCCUCCAUUUUCCAGUCAUCACCAAAACCCUCAUCUUCCUCAUUCUUCCUCUCCUCGUUUGCAGAUCAUGAUGACCCUGCCAAGUCUCUCCUCACCUCUAAAGAAGCUUAUUCUUUGAUUGCCUCCUGUCUCUCCUCCUCUGUCUCUGGAGCUUCCUCUGAUCCCUUUUGUCAUUGGCUUUAUGAUACCUACAUCUCCUCUAUCCUCUCUCUCCGCCUCUUUUCCUUAUCCUUCCUUCCCAUCAUCUCCAACCUCUACCUAUCUCGCUUUGCCACUGACCUUCCUUCACCAAUAACUCCAUCUGCAGGCUUUGAGGCCAUCCUUCUUGCCUUUUACAACUCACAAAUCCAAUCUCAGAAUUAUGAAUCUCGCUCCAUUUCCCUUCCUGAUCUUACCAAACCCUCUAUUUACCAUUCUCCCUCAGAACUGAAGUUCAAUCAGUCAGUUCGACUAGAUAAGAUAGUUGAAGAGAAUAUGAGUCCUGACACAUCAACCAGCUCAAGAUCUUCCUUAGGGGUUAAGUCAUUGGAGCCACAGAUCACAAUUAAAUCCACUCAACGCCCACUUAUUGUUGGACUUGCAUUUGACUGCUACCACCAACACAUUGCAGAGAUCCCUGUCUGGUCCAAGAUAGACUUCUGUGAAGUCGUGGCAGCAUGGGCUGGUCAGUGUAAUUGUUCUAAGGGCAAUGAGAAUGACAACAGGUGUGAGAGUGAAAACAUUGUGAAGGAGAUGAGAAGACUUGAGAUUGGAAAAGGUGGUAGUAAUCUUGAAUGUGAAAAGGGAGUCAAAAUCUUGCUUCCAUGGGAAUUAUUGCAACCUAUCUUGAAGAUCCUGGGGCAUUGUUUGAUGGGUCCUUUUUGUCCAGAAGAGGUUAAGAGUUCUGCUUCAGUUGCUGUGAGGAGAAUAUAUGCUAGGGUGAGUCAUGACUUGAAUCCCCAGGCAAUCUUAGCGACCCGAUGCCUCAUCCAGCUUGAUAACAGGGCCAGAGAUAAGGCUGCCCAGAAGGCAGCUGCAGCAGCAAGGAUCCAUUCAGGUUACAUGGUGCAAUGCACUUUGCAUCUAUACACUUUUCACCUUAAACCAACAGGAGUAACAAGUUUGGGCAGGGUUAGAUUCAAACAAAGCUACCUAACUAUAAGCAGUUUAUAGGAAAGUCCUUAGCCUAGAAGGAAAAAUACAGAGUUUCUCUACCUGUUUGAAGAUUUUUUUUUUUCUUUGACUGAUCAAUGCACAUGUAAUGUCACUAAUCUAAGCAUUUUCCAUCUUCAGGUCAGCCAAAGGAUUGUUCAAUAGAAGGGAGUUCGAGUGUCAAUAUCAUUCCUGAUGAGAUUGCUGCAUCCAGGAGAAUCUGAUCAAAUAGACUAUCUUCUUUCUGUGUUUUCUGAUAUUUUUAUUUAUUCUGUGUUAAGGCCGAGUUCCUUCCUAGAAAUUGUGCAUUUUUUUCCAAAUCUUUAGCGAACUGUUAUGCCGAAGGCAAACUCAAGAAAAUGGAUUUGGAAGUAAUGAUACUUGAAUGUGAUAUCUUACAUGAUGUACAAUUUUUGGCUAGGGAAGGAAUACAUGUUCAAUCAUCUG